ACUGAGGCGUUCUUGGGGGUUGAUUUCCCUUUAAGAUGGCGACAUCUAGUGGCAGAAUGACAAUCAUGCCGGCUGCGCGUGAUCUCACUUAUUUCUUCCUGCUUUUGCUUCACAAUCGCAGGACGAGAAAGAACGUCACUAUGGAUCCCCAGCACUUGCUCGGCGAUUGUCUCAUUCAUGUGUUUACAUUUUUGACCGAGGAAGAUUUAAUCAGGGCCUCGAGCGUGUGUAUGGUUGUCUGUUUUCCAGAACUGGCACAAUGCUGCCGAGACUCCGUGGUUAUGGAGGAGGAUGUGCUUGCAGCGAUGGGGCUUUUGUAGCCAGGCUGUGUUGGGGAGCCCUCACGUCAAUAACUCUUGGAAGAAAUACUUCCUGCGACGAUCCCAUUUGGAGACAAAGAUGAAGGAAGGUCGAACUGGGGGUUACACUUGCAAGAGCCUCCGAGGCCACACAGGGCAAAUAGUGGGCCUGGUCUACCUGCAGGGGAGCUCACCUCUGGGUCCUGACCUCUGCGACACCCCAACCACAGUCUGCAGUGCUUCGACUGAUGGUACAGUCCGGGCAUGGAACAUCCAGAAUGGUCAACUCGUGUGGUGCACUGCCAAGCAGAAUCCUUUAUCUCGCAUCAUAAUUGACGAGGAGCUUGACUUUGUCAUCACGGUAGACUCUGCCGGCCUGAUCAAGGUCUGGCAAGGUCAGACUGGCCAGGAGGUGGCGUCCUAUUCAGUUGCGUCUGCACACUGUACAUUGCUACAGUAUAAUAAGGACAAUGAUUGGUUUCUAUCUGUUGGAACGAGUCCUGGGUCAGUGUGUACACUAGCUGGAACAGCUUUGACUAAAAAAUCCAGUAUAAUGGUGUGCGACAGCUUUAAAGUCAACAUACUCUUGGUUUCACCUGACAAGAAAUGGAUCACAGCUGGCUCAAAGGACAACGUUGAUUCAAGUCUAAAGGUGAUUUAUGCUGAUAGUUUGACCUCCCCGUGUGAGGACGAAGACCCACUGUGCCAGUUAGUGCCGGUCACUGGGUGCCAGGCCGCCGUCUUCAUCCCCACGCAGUCUGCCAGACUGGCCAUGGUCCACUGGAAUGAGCACACUAACAACAAAGCACUCACUGUCUUCGAUGUCAGCAUGAAAAAGUCAAAGUACACGUCCCAGAUCCAAGUCCAACAGGUUGAGUCCUCUCCUUUGUCGCUGCCGAGCACGUCCUCCAACAUUCUUCUUGAGGCAAAGGACAGCAACUCCAUUGUGAUGGCAGUUGAUUGUCAUCUCUUCUUGUAUUCUCUAAAAGGCGCCUUGCUCGCAAGCUUCAAAGAGCACACAAUGCCAAUUACUUCUUUAUGUGUGGACAGCUUCCGUGUGGUAACAGCAUCUCAGGACCUUUCUUUGCGCGUGCUGACCUGGAAACGUGACAGAGAUGGUGGGUUGACCUUGGAGAGUCGAUACCACUUACUGGGAGGUUCUCACACUAUGUCAAGAGGGUUCAGCCUCGUCGCUUGUGACUACGCCAGCAUUGUUGGUUCAGUUGAAGGGAAGGAUGGCAAUGACGUUUUAAAAGCUUACACAUUCACUUCCUGAACCUCCAAAACAGUGGCGACGUGAGUUUUGCACAGCCCCCGAAAGAGGAACAUUUGCUCCUUGUUCACUGUCAUUGACGCAUGAUUUUAUUAUGAAGUAUUUCGGGUUUUUUUUUUUUUUUUUACAAAGGGAUAACAUUGUUACUCUAAAGGCAUUGAGAGAGACUAAUGUGCAUGAUAACAAACCUGUGUUCGUAAAUUGAUUGGCUAAUUCUGGAGCUGAACGUGACCAGUCUUAAGGCAAAACAUUGCAUUAAAAAAAA